AUGUCCGCCGCCAUGACGAAGACAAAGUCACCACUGGGCAAGUACGUGCGUGCCAUCCGAGACUCUCCCCAGGGACUUUUCAACUGGCGGCUCAUCAUGACCGUUGCAAUGUAUGCUUUGGGCGGCAUGCCUAAAGGCUGGGAUGAAGGCAGUACGGCAUCUAUUACACAGUUGAAGAGUUUUCAACGGGAGUUCGGUAUCACUCCAUCCAAGAACCCGGACCAAAUAUCCAACAUCGUAUCCUUCGUCAACUUGACAGCCGGUAUCUUCGCCUUCCUCUCAUUUCUUAUCAACGAUAGACUGGGCCGUAUCUGGUCGUACCGUCUGUACAUGAUCGUCUACGCCAUCGGCAACCUGAUCGAGACCUUCGCCUACGGUAGCCUUCCUGUACUAUAUAUUGGACGGCUCGUCGCGGGCGCAGGCAUCGGUGCUCUCACAGUAAUUGGGCCUAUGUCCAUCGUAGAGAUCGCCCCUGCAACAACUCGCGGUCUCAUGGCUCUCUGGUUCAACGUCUGCAUGCUGUCAUCUCAGAUGCUGGGCAUCUUCGUUGUCUUCGGCUGCAACUUGCAUAUCGACCCAAAGCUCAACUUGCAAUACCAGAUCCCAUUUUUUGUUCAAUGCUUUGUGCCGGCGAUCGGUAUAGUCAUGUCUCUCUUCCUCUACGAGUCACCAAGAUGGCUCUGCCUCCGCGGCAGGAAUGACGAAGCACUUGCGGCGCUGACUUCGCUUCGCGGACUGGCCCAAGAUCACCCUUACCUGCGAGAUGAAUGGCACAGAAUGAGCACGCAGAUCGCCCAUGAGCAAGCGGAAUAUGGCGACCAGGGCUAUUUCUCUCUCUUCCGUGAGACCUUUUGCGUGAAGUCAAAUCUUCGACGCGUGCAGCUCACUGUGUUCGCUUAUAUCCUCGCACAAUUCUCUGGAGCAAACUCCGUCACCAACUAUCUGCCUGAGAUCUUUGGUAUCAUCGGAGUCAAGUCCACGAGCGUCAAGGUCUACGCCUCCGGCCUCUAUGCUCUAGCUAAGCUCGUUUGCUGCUUGGUUGCCUCGCUAUUCUUCGUCGAUGUCAUUGGUCGCCGCAAGUCUCUGAUGACUGGCAUCACCAUCCAGAUGCUGUGUCACUCAUACUUGGCCGGAUACCUCAACUACUUUGUCCAUGAUGCAGACUCCGUGCCGACGGGAGCAUCAGAUGCAGCAAUCGGUGCUAUUUAUGUACACGCUCUCGGAUGGGCGAUCGGGCUGUACACGCUUCCCUAUCUAUUCGGUGCUGAGCUGUGGCCGAAUAGGAUUCGUUCCUUCGGCGGUGCUUUGUCUCAAGGUUUCCACUGGCUAUUCUACUUCGCCAUCACAAAGGCAACUCCGGCGCUGCUCAACUCUAUGGACCAGUGGGGAGCUUUUGUCUUCUUCGUCGCUUGGUGCAUCGUCGCUCUAGUCUAUGCUUUCAUCAUGGUACCCGAAACGGCUGGUCGCGAGCUCGAGAAUAUCGAUACCUUAUUUGAACACCCAUGGUACAUGAUGAGGAGGUUUGCGUAUGCACAAGACCCAUUUAAUGACAAAAACCUGUCAGAGUCCGCACGUUCCCAAGACCGCGUCGAUGAGGAGAAGACGACUGGAGCUUACGCCGAAAUGGUGGAAGCCGCCGACGGGGUGCAAUACUUGAAAUGA